GUAAUCGGCAAUCGCUGUACAACGCAGGUUACUUAUUCAAAAUUUUGAUAACAAUGAACUGCUAAAAGGCAAACACCAAAGCUUUUCUCGAUCACAUUCCGAGGAUCGGCUUCCGGCGAAACUAUUCAAUCGAAAUUAUUCGAUGAAAUGCCAGUGGAUGUUGCUAUGCUUCGCCUUACCGGUAUUUUUUGGCCUUUUGAGCUCGGCGAGCAGCUUUUUGAGCCCAACCGGGAUGAAUUUCGAUGGGGUAAACGUCCAUCGAGUUGCCCCGGCACGACGCUCUCUGCUGUCUGAUCCGAAGGAACCUGAAACUGCUCUAGUCGCUGCCAUGGAUGGAACAGUUUAUUUAUUUGACCUUACAACUAAGAAACCACUCUGGUCAUUUACAUCUGGUCCACCAAUUUACUCUGCAUAUCAGGCUCCUGUGGACAAGGAUAAUUUGUCUAACAUAGGAAGUGGUUAUUUCAUUGAUAUUGGAACUGGAGAUGACUGGGAACUCUAUGCACACAGCAAAUUGGGGAAACUGAAACUCAGGAAGAGCAUUGAAGUGUAUGUCAGUUCCACACCUCAAAUAGCAGAAGAUGGAGGAGUUAUUUUAGGGUCUAAAAGAAGUACUGUAUUCCAAGUUGAUGCAAAGACUGGAAGGCUAAUUUCCUCAUAUAAGAUGCCUGAUUCUCCAACACCUCAUGGUAAUGGAGAAUCUAAUAUCCACUACAAGAGCGCCAAGGGGGAGCAUGGGCUGCCUGGAUCUGUGAAUCUAAAACCUAACGAACUGCCACUUUACAUCACAAGGACAGAUUAUACAUUGACAUCUUUUGUUCCAAACUCGAAUAAAGUUCUGUGGAAUGUGACAGUUGCUGAAAUUGGUGCCGCUUUUCUUUGUCAAGGUAGUGAUGAUGCAUUUGGUGGGGCUGAUUUGGAUUCAGGAUCUGUUGAGCCUGGUACUCGUUUUAGUAUGCCAUUGCCAUGUAACUCACGGGCUCAAGUUCAUCGCUUUCGCGGUCACAAUAUACUAGAACGAUUGUCUAGCCACAAUUGGUUGCCUGAGGCUCUUAGUCCUGAUAUGAUCCUCCCUGCACAGCCAAAGGCUGGCAAAGUUCUUAUCCAUCCUAAAAAUGGACACACGAUACUAAGUGGGCUUUCUGAAAUAUUCAGCAUGUUUAUUCUGAUUAUUAGUUUCACUGUUAUGCUUGUGGGAACCAUUUGUCUGUAUUUUAUAGUUAGACAACUGAAUAGUUCUCAAGUGGGAAAUGUAUCUGCAAACGAGGAAGAAUCAAGGAUGUUGGAAAAGAGUGGGGACAGUGGAGAGAAAACGGAUGAAGAUUCAUCCUCUGAUAACAAACUGUUGUUAAACCUCAACCAUCCAACUUUAUGCAGUGGUGAUGGCCGGACAAUUGGUAAAUUAUUUGUGUUCAAUAAGGAGAUUGCUAAAGGAAGCAAUGGGACAGUCGUCCUUGAGGGAAUCUAUGAUGGGCGUCCAGUUGCUGUGAAGCGGCUAGUCAAGGCGCAUCACGAUAUUGCUUUGAAAGAAAUUCAGAACCUUAUUGCAUCUGAUCAGCAUCCAAAUAUUGUUCGGUGGUAUGGCGUGGAGCAAGACCAGGAUUUUAUUUAUCUGGCAUUAGAGCGCUGCAUUUGCAGCUUGAAUGAUCUUAUUCAGAUCUGUUCAGUCUCUUCAGAGAAUUGCCCCAUCAACAGCAUGGAUGCUGAAUCUAUGCAGUACAGAAUGCGGUUGGACUCCCUGAAACUUGAUCUGCAGGGUGUUUUUUUGUGGAAGGAAAAUGGCUAUCCUUCAGCAACAUUAGUCAAGUUGAUGAGGGAUGUGGUGUCUGGGCUCGCCCAUCUACAUGAGUUAGGAAUCAUUCAUCGAGAUCUGAAGCCCCAAAAUGUGUUGAUAACUAAAGAAAAAAGAGUACUGUGUGCUAAACUGUCCGAUAUGGGUAUCAGCAAGCGCCUUACUGGGGAUAUGUCUUCUCUGAGCCACCAUGCAACAGGUUAUGGAAGCUCAGGAUGGCAAGCUCCAGAACAGCUGCUUCAUAGGCGUCAAACACGCGCAGUAGAUUUAUUUAGUCUGGGCUGUGUUCUAUUUCAUUGUCUUACUGGUGGUAGUCAUCCCUUUGGCAGCCCUCUGGAACGUGACAUCAACAUUACAAAGAAUAAAUUUGACCUAUUCUUGGUGAACCAUAUUCCAGAAGCUGUGGACCUCCUCUUUCGUUUAUUACAUCAUAAUGCUGAAAAGAGACCAAAGGCAGCAGAGGUUAUUGCUCAUCCUUUGUUUUGGACCUGUGAGAAGCGAUUGUCAUUUCUUCGUGACACUAGCGAUAUGUUAGAACUAGAAGACUGGGAGACUUCUGGAAUUCUAGAAGCAUUGGAAGGAACAUCACGGGUUUCUGUGCGGGGAAGAUGGCAUUUAAAGCUGGAUCCUAACCUACUCGAAUCUAUACUCUGGUACCGGGAUUAUAGCUUUGACAGCGUACAGGACUUGCUCAGGGCCAUACGCAACGUGUUUAAUCAUUACAGAGAGCUUCGUCCUAAAAUUCAGGCAAUUUUAGGGCCAAUCCCAGAAGGAUUUGAUGCCUAUUUCACUAAACGGUUCCCACGCCUGCUGAUUGAAGUUUAUAAAGUGAUGACCAGGCACUGUAGGCGACAAGAAUGGUUCCAGAAAUACUUCACAGACUCAGCACUGUAAUGUAUCUCUCUUUAGGGCACACUUACCCUCCACAGUAAUGACAUGCCCUUUAAUGCCUGUAACACUUCCUCUAUAUAUACAUAUAUAUGGCCAUCUGUAAAUAUUUCUAAUCACUAAUAAAUUAAUAAUGUAAGGCAUAAUCCUUAGUGAAUCGGCAUACAUGUAAGACAAUAUAGAAACCCUAAUCCGAUUCUUAGUGAGAAUGGCCUUAGUCAAUGCUGUAUAAAUGUAAGGUAUUUGUACAACAAUUCAAUACAUAGAGAUACAAUAUAUUGUAAUUUAUUAUUAUAAAUCCAAUAAUAUAUUCUCUUUCUUUAA